UGGAGACAUCGACGUGAACGACGUUGUUUCAGUUGAAUGUAACAGCUAGCGUGAUAAUGCUAAGCUAGCUGUCAGCCAGACAUCCACGGGUUUAGCUGCCGGAUGCUCCCGGUCGUAUCCUGCUGGCCGUCUUGACAUUCCCUCAACAUUCCUGGACGAAUUCGUGUCGACUGACCAGAGUCCGCGAAUUCGGGUCCACUCCUGAUCUAACAUUUCCCCACUAGCGUUACUUAGCUCGCCGGCUAACAAGAGUGCAUACUCGGGAGAAUCGGACCGACGAGAGUUCCACUUAAGGACCACACCCAGACAAGAUGUCCCUUCAUCAAUUUCUUUUGGAACCCAUCACCUGCCACGCGUGGAACCGCGACAGGACACAAAUUGCCAUCAGUCCUAAUAACCAUGAAGUUCAUAUCUACAAGAAGAGUGGUAACCAGUGGGUUAAGACCCAUGAGCUGAAGGAGCACAAUGGACACAUAACAGGUAUUGACUGGGCUCCCAAAAGUGACCGUAUAGUGACAUGUGGAGCAGACCGUAAUGCUUAUGUGUGGUCCCAGAAGGAAGACGUAUGGAAGCCCACUCUGGUCAUUCUCAGGAUCAACCGAGCAGCCACCUUCGUCAAGUGGUCUCCACUGGAGAACAAGUUUGCAGUCGGCAGUGGUGCUCGACUCAUCUCUGUCUGCUACUUUGAGUCUGAAAAUGACUGGUGGGUGAGCAAGCACAUCAAGAAGCCGAUCCGCUCCACCAUCCUGAGUCUGGACUGGCAUCCCAACAAUGUCCUGCUGGCUGCUGGAUCCUGUGACUUCAAGUGCAGGGUGUUCUCAGCCUACAUUAAGGAGGUUGAAGAGAAACCAGGCCCCACACCCUGGGGCAGCAAGAUGCCGUUUGGGGCUGUGUUAGCGGAAUUUGGAGGAGCAGGUGGAGGGGGUUGGGUGCAUUCUGUCUCUUUUUCGGCUUCUGGUAACCGUUUGGCCUGGGUCAGCCAUGACAGCACUGUCACUGUCGUGGACAGCUCCAAGACUGCCAGUCCUUCACAGCUGAAGACGGAGUUCCUUCCUCUCCUCAGUGUCAUUUUUGUCUCAGAGAACAGUCUAGUAGCUGCGGGCCACGACUGUUGCCCCAUGCUGUUCCGUUGUGACGAUGGUGGAAUGCUGACAUUUGUGUCAAAGCUUGACCUCCCCAAGCAGAGUAUCCAGAGGAACAUCUCUGCCAUGGAGCGCUUCAGGAACAUGGACAAGAGAGCCACCACUGAAGACCGCAACACUGCCCUGGACACACUGCACCAGAACAGCAUCACCCAAGUGUCUAUCUAUGAGGGAGACAAAAGGGAUUGUCGCAAGUUCUGCACCACAGGCAUCGAUGGAGCGAUGACUAUUUGGGACUUCAAGAGUCUAGAAGCUUCUAUCCAGGGUCUCCGCAUCAUGUGAAGAAAUCUUGUGAAUGAACGAAGAGACGCCGCAGCCUCACUUCCCCACCUUUUCCUCCCCAGGCCUCACCUCUCCUCACCCCCUCCACUCCUGCAACGCAGCCAGUAACAUACAUGACUAACCACCUUAUCGAGUGUCUGCUGAAGCACUGAUCAGACCAUAACACACACAUGCACACACUUACACUAAAACACACAAACACUACACACACUGAGCUGACGUGUGGCAUCACUGUUGAUUUAUUUUGUUCUUGUUUGUUUUUAAAUGAAGGUUAACUGGGUGUCAAAGCGGGAACUGACGCGUAUUAAACGUGAAGUGAAAUGUGUGUUUUUAUGUUCUCUAACCUCCUGUACCAAAAGUUGAACACUAAACGGUGCGUUUUAUCCAAAAAUCAGACUGUAUCUCACCUCAGAUUAAGCAGAACAUGAUCUUUGAGUAUCGGUGUAAAUGGAAGGGUGGGCUGCUUUUGCUCAUUGGAGGAUAGUAAAUAUCCUGCAGCAGGCGAAGGCAUCGUUCAGGUGAAGACCAGAGGUUGUUGAUAUUCUUGGUCCAUGUUGCUGGUUGGCUGUUGACUGUACAGGUCUGAUGGUGGAGAGAGAAAGCAGCUGUCUAAACUCUGUGUGGAGUCACGGCUGACCAGCACUAGGCUGUGUAGCUACCACACUAAAACCACACAAGAUGGAGGGUGUCUAUGUAACUUGAUCAUGAGAUAGACAUGAAAUAAAGAUGAAAUACAUUUACAGUACACAA